UCAAAAACAAGGCUAACCGAGGGAAGGAGGGAGUACAUGCUCAGGGAAACCGAAACCACUAUCUCCACAAGGCAGUUAAUGUAUGACUAACCCCAUUAAACAUUCUUCUUCUUCUAUUUACCAUUACUUUCUUAUGUAUGACUAACCUCUGUUUGGUGGUGCAGGAGGAGAAACUGAAGCGGCCGCUCUCACACAUGCAGGCGUGGGAGAUCGCCCAUACGCGGAAGGACCCCAAGCCUGGCGAGCCCAAGUACUACGGCAAGAAGACCGCGCAUAGGAAGAAGGCCUACUCCGAUGGGUAUCUGGCGUUACAUCCUGACACACCUGACCCCAUUGCGGCGGAUCUGGACGAAAGGGUGGUGGUGGGCAUGGGGCCGAAGGAUCACGGUCGGGAGGCGGUUCUCGAUGCUGUGAUCACUCCUACUAUCUCCUACACACAGCUCCGUCGGAUCGACCUGACCCUGAGCCAGCGCCCGAGCACGCCCAUGAGCAGUGCACCGUCACUGUCCCUCUUUCAGGAGCAGCAAACUGCCUACAUGGAGUACACACGCCAGGAGACCAUGGCGUGGCACGACCGCCUUCAUGCAUACCAUCAGCAGAGGGAUCGCCAGAUGCAGCACGCUUUUCAGGAAAUGGCGGCCGACAGGUGUCCUCAAUAGCCAUCAGCAGAGGGUCCUCCAGCACAACCAACGUUGCUGACCUUUGAGGAGUUUGUGGCACAGAACGUUGGCCCCUCGCCGGGAACCGGUGGAUCAACCGUUGGCGGUGGUGUUCGCAGCACUCCCGAGUCACGAAGCUCGACCACUCCCAUCCAUGGAGGCGGAGGCGGAGGUGGAGGCGGUCUUGGCGGUAGCGCUGCCGCUAGCACUGAUGACCUGGGCUUCAGCGGUCUUGGCGGUGACGACCUCCGCGGUGCUCGACGUCCUGGCGCUUAAGCCUUUCGGUUACUUGUGUGCUUAUGCUUAUGUUUCUUUAGAUGACUUGUGUGUGGUGAUGAUGAUAAACUUGUGGUCUCUGAUGGUCCUUUAGAUGACUUGUGUGCUUGUCUUAUAUGCUUAUGCUUAUGUUUAUGUUGAUUGUGAUGAUGCUUAUGCAUAUAUUGUUGUGACGGUGCCGGAUGAUACUUAGAUGUGUUCUAUAUGUCUAUUUCCAUCAUAUAUAUCUGCUGAUAUGUGCUGUAUAUCUGAAUUGAAUUGAUGUGAAAACAAACAGA